AUGGGUGUUGAGAAAAUGGUGUGUUUGGUUUCUCGUACUGGUCGUCAGUUUCAGAGAUACAACAAAGGUCGUCGUCAAGUCGUCGGAUGUAUUCCGUACAGAUUCAAGUUAUCUAAUGAUGGUAAAAUUAGUGAUGAAGUAGAAGUUCUUGUUAUCUCUUCUCAGAAAGGUCAUGCCUUGAUGUUCCCAAAGGGUGGUUGGGAGAUUGAUGAAUCUAUAGAAGAAGCAGCUUCAAGAGAAUGUAUUGAAGAAGCUGGAGUUCUUGGCAACAUUGGGCAUCAACUUGGAAAAUGGGAUUUUUUGAGCAAAAGCAGAGGAACAUAUUAUGAAGGACUAAUGUUCCCUAUGCUUGUUACUGAACAACUUGAGCUUUGGCCUGAACAACAUGUUAGGCAAAGAAUCUGGAUGAACGUAGUGGAAGCAAGAGAAGCUUGUAGAGAUUGGUGGAUGAAAGAAGCAUUAGAUGUUUUGGUUGAGAGACUCUCAUCACCAAUGAAUCAACCAAAAGAAGACAAGACUAUUUCAAUCUCUAUUGAAACAAUGUGCUGA